AUGGCUCGAAAGUUAAAGGGAAAGAAAAAUGGUAAAGGUUUAAAGCAUCAACUAUUAAAUUACCAGUAUUUGGAAAAGAAAACAACCAAUAAUCAUAACAGUAAACAUAUCAACACAACUGGUAACAAAAGUCAAACCAAAGAUAAGAACACAGACAAAAUCAUUUCGACAUCAAACUUACCUAAAAAAUCAGCAUCUUUAACCGUUAAAGACAAAUUCAUACCGUUUGAUAAUGAAGAUUCUACAGUCAUGCUAGUAGGUGAAGGUGAUUUUUCAUUUGCCAAAUCAUUAAUUGUAAACAAAUAUAUAAAGGCCGAAAAUUUGAUUGUAACAAGUUAUGAUAGUGGUGUUAAAGAACUAACUUUAAAGUAUCCAAAUAGUUUCCAAGAAAAUUAUUGCUUUCUAACACAAUUGAAUAUUCCUAUUUUUUUUCAAAUAGAUGUUACACAAUUAAUUAAAUCAUUUAAAUUAUCCAAAAGAACAACUUGGAAUAAAAUAGUUCCUUCAUUUGAUGAUAAAAAAAUAGACUACAUAAUGUUCAAUUUCCCACACAAUGGUAAAGGUAUUAAAGAUCAAGAACGUAAUAUCUAUGAACAUCAAAUUUUAAUGUCCCGAUUUUUCCAAAACUGUUUAGAGUUUUAUAAAUUGGUCAAUACCAAAAAACAAAGCACUUGUUUGGCGGGCUAUUUAACGAGUUCUUUAACUGGCCCCUCCACUAGUAAUCACAAUACUGAUAUCAUAGGGAAGGUUAUUGUCUCAUUAUUUUGCGGUGAACCGUAUGAUUCUUGGCAAAUUAAGCUCCUAGGUAAACAAAACGGUGAUUGGAAAGUGGAAAGAUCCAACAAGUUUCAAUGGGAUCAUUAUCCUGGGUAUAAGCACAAAAGGACUAAUAGUGAAAUGACUACGACUAAACCCGCCCAAGAAAGAAGUGCAAGAAUUUACAUUUUUGAACAAAAAAAAAAAGACAAAAACCAACAGUGA